GUGAGGCUUCUUGAAGAAAACGGACAGAAAGAGGGAGAAAAAAAAGAGGAGAUCAUGGAGUCAUGUGAGGAGGCGCGAGAGCUCCAGUCCUGCAGCCACAGCAACCCGGAGAAAACACCAUUCGAGAAUCCGGCUCAGUUCAUCUCCGAUCUCACCAGAGUGACCACUAGGGGCAGCGCUCGCUUCGGCACGCUCAGCCACCACUCCUUCUUCUCCAGACACAACCCCCACCCCCACAGGGUCACACACAUAUCAGGUCUGAACGGCAGUCCCGUGUGUACGGUGAAUGAUGACUGGUACUCCAACACUCCUCUGUGCCCACAUCCACUCAUCAAGAGUCAAGUGCUGGCCUCCGGGAACCAAACCCACCCGCUCAGCUACAGCACAGCCGGUGGAGUCAAGCACGGCGCAGCUCUACUAUCAGAAGCAUGGCAGGAGGAGCUGAAGGAUCUGGCAACCAAAGUCAGCCUCUCAGCUCCAAGUUCAAGCAGAAGAGAAGAAGGAGAGAAUUCCAGAGAGGAGGAACCGCCUCGUAGGAAGACUCAGUAUUCAGCUCAGACAGGCCGGAUCAUCCCUCCAUCCUCUUGGGGAGCAAAACGCCGUGACACUCCGGCUACACACAGACGCACAGCAACACACAGACCUCAGACUACCAGCCUGGGAGGCCAGGAGCUCAGGGUGUUGGAGCUGCUGUGUCAGAUCCUGCAGACUGAUUCGUUAUCUCUGGUGCAGCAGUGGCUGCUGCUGGCUGGAGACAGAGAGAAGGAGCUGGUUCUGGGGCUGCUCCAGCAGGCCAUGACUGACUCACCCAACCUCAACCAGCAUCAGCUUCCCUUCACAGCCCAGACUGAGCCCCCUCGCAACCCGCCUACAGGACUGUCCCGCCGCAAACGAAGGCUCAAGAGUUUGUCUUCUGCUCAGGAGGCACUCGAUGAGAAACCAGAGCUGAUCGGAGAGGCUGAAGUCCUGCAGGUUCGUCCAGAAGAGGCUCAGAACAUCAGUGAAGAUUCAGAACUCCAUCGUGAACACAGCCGCUAAGCUUCCAGAUACACGUACUUGUCUAACUAUACUUGUGA